AUGCAGAACCAAACUGGAGUCCCUCGCGGCGCUCUACUCAUUGCAUCUGGAGCGGCCGCGUUAGCCAUAUUCUACUUCAGCUACAAGCACUUUUCUACAAACCAGUCGCCGUCAAUUGUUGACGGCAAGCUUCACCGCAGUAAUGCCGUGCGUCGACGAAGACGAAGAUGGCGACACGGUUCUCAGCCAGUCGAGCUGGACUACGAUCCCGUUGAUCGGGCAUUAGAACAUUUGACGCGGCGAGAGGCCUCUGGAGAAGGCUACGGCAUGUAUCACAACAAGUACUACGUCCACAACGAGCUGCUCGCCUCCCAAGGUGAAACCUUCAUACUUCUACCGACCAAACUCGAAUAUAUACGGGAUGUUAUUGUGGAAGCCCAUGAUCUCUCGUCCGAGCUGAGUGCGCAACUCUCGCUUCACAUUCAAGCAAGGUUCGCACAGAACUUCUUGCAGGAAGAAUUUCCAGACGGAUACAUCCUUGGCAGCGACGCGGACGUUUUGGCAUCGAAGCUCAAUUCUGAUAUCGACCUUGAGCUCUUCAAGAACAUUGCUGAAUUGCACGAUCGCGGCAACGAAAUUGUAGAUGCGGACAUGUGGUUUCAUGAAGAACUUCCUCCGGAUACUCCUUUCCAACCUCAAGGUCCGAGAGAAAUUGCCCAGGCGUUAUCUGGACAGGACAACGGAAGAAAUCGACCUAGCAGAAGAGGGUCUCUAACUGGGGAUGAACAAGAGCAGGAUGGAGGUCAAAAUAUUCUUGACUUGCUGUACCGAAUAGGUGAAGAGCAGGCGAAAUGGAGUGGUUACCAGCACAGGGGCGUCGAAUGUAAUGGUUGCGGGAUGCAACCAAUUCGGGGCACUCGUUAUCAUUGCGCCAAUUGCUUCGACUACGAUCUCUGCGAGACCUGCGAGCAUCAACAAAUCCAUCACAAAGCUCAUGUCUUCUACAAAAUCAGGAUACCUGCUCCAAUUAGAGGUCAGAUCAAGCUUGUACAGCCAAAGUGGUAUCCUGGAAAUCCGAAUGCCUGUCAGGAAUCAAUACCCAAAGGAUUGAAGAUGAGGUUAUUGCGAACGAUCAAUAUUGACCGUCAAGAUCUAGAUGCAUUGUACGACCAGUUCAAGUGCAUUGCAGGCAGGGAAUGGCCAGAUGACCCUGACGAAAUUGGCAUGGUCAUAGAUAGACCUAGCUUUGACAAGUAUUUUACCUCUACGACAGCUGACCGUCCUCCCACGCCCAAUCUCAUCUACGACAGAAUUUUCCACUUCUACGACAAGAGCAACAAUGGCUUCAUCAACUUUUCGGACUUUGCAGCAGGUAUGGCGGAGCUUGCUAACGAUGGUAGUCGCAAAGCACGAAUCAACCGGCUUUUUAGAGCAUUUGAUUUAGAUGAGGAUGGUUACGUCAAUCGCAGAGAUUUCUUGCGCAUGCUACAAGCUCACUAUGACUUGAACAAAACACAGACGUACGAAAUGAUAUACAGUCGAGAUGACGCCUUCUUGACAGAUGAAGAGGUACAUGAGGUGAUACGGAGCAACAACCCGAUUAGUGCUGCUUUUGGAGGUAACAGUUUCGCUGGACAUCAGUCGAGACAUGGUCAUGGGAAGCAUCAUGAUAUGAAUGGUGAUUUGACAUUCGACAGCGAUGUUGACGAGGUUCUCGAAGAAAACUCUCGAAUGCAGGGCAAUCGAGCCGAUGCUAUUGCCCGGCAGGCGUCGGACACGAGGUCUUUAAUUCGAGGUCAUCGUUUGAGAGAUAGUCAAGAAAGUCGGGACGAGCCUGUUGUAUCUGGUCAUCAUCUUCCGCCAAUCCCGAUGUUACGUGAAGAAGACUCAAUAAUGGGAAGUCCAAGAAGCCAAGACGAGGGCAUUGAUCAGCUUGGCCACCUCGCAGACAGUUGGCCUGCUAGCCACCUACAAGAGUCGGACGUACAGCAAGCCCUUGGUGCAGAUAUACCGCUAGAGGACGUUAUGGACCCAUUGGAUCGUCGACGGGUCGUGGCCGCCUCCAGACAUCGUCUGUACGCAGAACUUGAGACUAAUAAUUUCGAAGUCGAACAGGCAGCCGUACACGAACGAUGGCAGAGGCGACAAUUUUACCGUGACGUCGAAGAAGGUCUUGAGAAGCCGGCAGGAUAUGCGGAAUCUGAUAGUUCAGACGAUCUCCUCUCUCUUACAAAUGGAUCAGGCAAGAAGCAUAUAAAAUCCGAUUCUGGCCAUCCCUCGUUUCGAUCUCGGUCAUCCUCCAAGGUUCGUUUUGAUGACAGUGCUGUUGAUCACGAUGCCGAUAGCAAGUCAGAUAUCUCCUCAAGGAAUAUUCCUGCCAAUGAGAGAUGGGGUGGCUUUGAGUUUAGCCAGUCAGAUCGAGACGUUGGAGUUGAAAUCAUAUAUGAGGCAGUACAAGAGGCCUUCAAUGAGAUGUUGAACCAUUUCUUUAAGGACAAAGAGGACAGAGCAAUUGACGCGAAGAGAAGCAGAGCUGCUCGUCGACAGUAUGCUGCGGAGCUUCAGGCUUACGAAGACGAGCUGAAAUCGAUUACUUUGAAGAAGGAGAAAGCUCUCCUGGACGCGGACGAGGAACGCACACGGACACUCUUCGAGCAGUAUGCUGUCAAUUCUGAGCCAGCCGGUUCUGCUGCCACUGAUGAUCCGUCUGUAUCAAUGAGUACGGUGGACAACAACCAUGCUUUGGAUUCAGCUUUGUCUCAGCUGGACAUCCCCGAUCCUACACUUCCUCAGAAUCGGCCGAACGAAGCCUCAAGUCAAUUGACUACACCGGAUGACAAAGAGAACCCUACGAUCAAGAUCAAUUCGGCUCUACUCGGCUUCUGGCACCAGCAUCGUUUCAUUGACCAGGAAGCUAAGGAACGAGGUGGCUAUGGCAGACUUACCUUGCAAGAGUUCAAGCGCAAGCUCAGAGAUGAAAGCACCGAUAUUGAUAUUGGCGGAGACAACUCGGAAGAUUUUUGGGAGGCCAAAGCCGAUCUGGGGAAAUUCAGCUUCUUGUCAAGCUGGAUCGAGAUGGCGUCGUUCUAG